ACAAGGGUCAUGCGUGAAAUAUAUUCGUAUUAUCUGUCAAAUGUAUUCCUAUGGACUGUAUAAUUAAUCUCGUAACGUAUAUACAUACUGAUCUAAACAUUAGUUCMGUGUGGCUUAAUGAUGCACAAUAUUGUGGUGGAAGCUGAAGAUUUCAAGCCAUGAUGUUCUGUUCAACAACAGAACUGAUCGGUAAAGGUUAAACAGAAAAGCAAUUCUAUCAAGCUCGUCUUUUUCACAGGAGCAWUCAAUCAUGGCUGAAACACAAGGUCAAACAAAAGACAUCCAAAAAGGGUAUUUUACUUUCGUCUUUAGCUUCAAGAAUCAUGCUACUGAGUUCUUCUCGAGGGAAAAAGAAAGGAUAAUUUACUUAAUGGGAAAACUUUAUGAUCUUCUAAGUCCUGUGAUUGUGUUUUUCUCGUUCUUGUUCACUUUGUUGCGAGGUUUCCUCCUGGCGAUCAAACAUGGCAUCCAAUCUUUGAUUGCGAUCAUUCGAUCGAUUCUGCAUUUUGAAUUUAAGCAAUUACUUUUUUCACUUAAGGCAAAAGUGAAGGAUUAYCUAGUUCGAGCGAAAGUUAAAACCUAUAAAAUUCUAUGGGUUCCUAUUAGAAAACGAAUGUUCAGGUUGCGAAAACAAGCGAGGAAGAAGCUGCUCGAUGUCAGGAUUUAUUUUCGUGGUUUACUCGAGCUUUGUCGAAGGUUGUUUCUUCUCGUGAGCGACUACACUCCUGGAGGCCAAUGGACAGUYGGAUUGUUUAUUCUUUUGUCUACGAUAUUCAUUGGCAUUGAACUUUUUCGCUACUCAAAGCUCGUUUUCAAGGUUCUGAACUUAGCUUGGUCAUCAAUAAUGYUUUUGCUCAGUCCUGUGAUAUGGACACUACAAGAUGUCUGGAUUGUAAUAGCAUUUGUCCUGAAUAUUUUCCUCUCAUUGGUACGAUAUAUUUGGUUCCUUUUCAUGGCUUUCCUUCAAGGGAUUGGCAACUUUGUUCUCAGAGUCUUGACAGCAUUUCUAUCAGUUAUUUAUAGAAUAUUAUCAUGGAUUUUCGAGCUGAGAUGUGUGCAGUAUGUCUGCCAUGUCUUUAUUGAACUCACAUUAAUGACAAUGGAAGUAUUUAUAUUUAAAGUACUUCCAGUUUUGAUGACAGUCGUCUCGCAUCUCAUUACCAUCUCAACCAUCGCAAGCAGGUAUUUUUAUGAGUAUUUUGUCGCUGUUUACACGAGUGAAGAAAAAGAUCAUAAAUACUUUAGCAAUACCAGGAUCUGUGCAGCAAUGUUUACAUUUAUUUGCCUUAUAUUGGCGUACAGACUUCGAAAGACUUUCCCCUCAGAUUUGUGUCAAGAAAUCGAAGAGGAAGGUUCAUCUGYAGGAAGAAGUCGUGCGAGACGACUAAAGACUGCGAGAUACUUAAGGACUGGAAGAAAAGAUGACACGACAAGCCAUGAAGAUGAAGUUCAUUUUCAGCUUAGUUCCUCGGCCCAUAUUUGCACRGGGUUCCUGCGAGGGGAGUGCAAUAGGGGACGUCGAUGUGAAGGUCACCACUGUCCCUGGCCCUAUCAUUGGCAGUAUCGUGUCCCUGUACAAGGAUGGAAAAGCUUUAGUCCAGAAGACAGUGACAUUAUAGAGCAACUUUACUGUAAACCAACAAAUGAAGUCGCCAAAACAAGCGACAUUGAUCCGGACCUUUCCGCACUUACACGAAGGUCCCACGUGAAAUCCGACACUCCAGUUUGUCUAGACUUCCAGCAGAUGCGAAUGGAGGUCGAUUACUAUCGYUCAGAACUAAGACGCUUAUCAACAGAGUCUUACGUGAAGAAACCGUCUGAUGUCCUGGCAACCAGGUGGAUCUGGUACCGACUUAGUGACCAAGGGGAAUGGAGCGAAUACGGAAAUGAGAGCAUUCCUAAACAAGAAGCCAUCGAGGCAUCAUAUAUCCGAAGAGAAAGUUCGUACAACUACAARAAACAAGAGCAAAACUACAGAAUCUAUUUUUUCAUGACACCAAUGUACGAACGAAACAUGAAUCCAAGGGAAUAUAAGCGAAGACUGGUCCGAAGACGACCAGAGUACCAGCCCAUAGAGACUUGAAUAUGGUAGCUGAUCAUGAUUGUACGCACGAGGCGGAUCUCAGGGAGGCUCACCUGGUGUCCGUACACUACCUUCCUGUUUAGAACAUGUACAUCCAAAAUGCGGGAAAUAGCAUAUUUGAAGAAAUAAAAGGUUUCUCCUCUCUGCAAUGAACUAAAUCAAAAUCUUAGUUCCUAGAAUCACUGUGGUAGGGCAUUUUAACAAUACUAGAAUGACUAGCUUAGUAGCUUGAAGGCGCGCGCGCAACCCAUACCUUGCAUCACUAGAGAUUAGUUACCAGAUCACCAUCGACUUUCGCUGAUCUGGGAGACUGAGGAACGAUAUGCCCUAAAUUAAUUCAAUCAUAUUAGAAGAAGAUUACGACAUUGUUGAAGCUAAACAUUGGAUAGGUGGAGUUCAUGACGUCUAUUUUGCACUGCGCACUCACUGACAGUAUUUGUGUGGUACGUUACCAUGGUUACCAAACAUGACUGCGCCCAUAUAGAAUCGGAUUCCUGUAGACCAAAACCCGAAAGCCAAAAUUUCAGAUCACUCUUUGGAUCAGAGAUGUAAAAAGGAUGUUUUAAAUAAUUAACUUUUAGUUUGUUUCGCCAGACUUUCUAGACACAAUAGAUGAUGACCAUGUCUUAGAUUUGAGGCUCACAAAAUCCGGCCAAAAAUGUUUAUUUUGAGCUGCCGGUGUUACGUGCUCAACAAAACAACUGUACUGACAUACAGCAAUAACAAAAUAAAGGUAUAGAAUAAACCAUGAAA